AUGCCUGUUGAAACACGCUCAAUCCGAGACAGUGGUGUGGUGGGUCGCUUUCCAUCUGUCACCCUCGGCUUAGAUGACGAUAAAGAGGAAGAACAACCCGAGGAAAACAACGUCCAGACAGAGAACGCAUGUCGGCAGUGGCUGCGGAAGGUCUGUCCAUGCUGCUGUCCAAAACGAAAGGACGAUGACAUCACUGACACUGUGGUCACAGGGAUUGAUGAGCCGGACAAGGAGGACGGGGGGGAUGACGAGAAGCCCGUGACAGGCGACAGUGAGCUUGAUGAACUCCUCCUCGAAGUGCAAGCGAUAGAGCUGAUGAGAAGCAAAUCAGGAGUGAUCCGCACAGAGCAUCACACAAAUCUCUACCAGAGUGAUAACUUUAUUAUCCGCAGAGGGCAGACUUUCCAGAUGUGGAUUACCCUGUCUCGACCGUUUGACUCCAGCACUGACAAACUUCACCUUGAGCUUAAAACAGGGCCACUGCCAACAGUGUCAAAGGGAACCCAUGUCAUCAUCCCUUUGGUGGAAGGGUUAGAGGACGGUCGUUGGGAAGCAGCCAUUGUAGAACAGGAUGACAAGAGGAUAAAACUGUCAGUAAAUUCUCCACCCACAGCGGUCAUUGGCCGGUAUCAACUCACAGUGGAAACAACCAAUUCACAUGGCCAGGCCUUUUCCACACACAACCCUGCUAAUGACAUUUACAUGUUGUUCAACCCCUGGUGUGAAGAUGACCCAGUGUUCAUGGAUUCUGAGAAGGAGAAACAGGAGUAUGUCCUGAACCAAGACGGACAUAUCUACUAUGGCACAGAGAAUCAAAUUGGAAUGAGGACCUGGAACUAUGGGCAGUUUGACGAUGGGAUCCUUGCUGCCUGCCUUUACGUCCUGGAAAAGAGUGGAACGCCUCCAUCUGGCUGGGGAGACCCGGUUAAUGUUGUGCGGAUUAUAUCAGCCAUGAUUAACUCCCUUGAUGACCGUGGUGUCUUGGAGGGAAACUGGUCAGGAGACUAUACAGGUGGGAACAGUCCGACGGUGUGGAGUGGAAGUGUGGAGAUCCUGAAGGAAUACCAGACCAGCAGCGGAACUCCCGUUAAGUUUGGCCAGUGCUGGGUGUUUGCUGGCGUAUUCACUACAGUGUUACGGUGUUUGGGCAUCCCCAGUCGAACUGUGACCAACUACAACUCAGCUCACGACACAGACGUCUCCUUGACGACAGACGUAUACUUGGAUGAGAACCUGGACCCUUUAGCUCACCUGAAUGCCGACUCCAUCUGGAACUUCCAUGUGUGGAACGACUGCUGGAUGGCUCGUCCAGACUUGCCUCUGGGCAACGGAGGCUGGCAAGCUGUCGACUCCACGCCUCAGGAGACCAGCCAAGGCACCUUCCGCUGCGGCCCCGCUUCUCUCACUGCUGUGCGCAAUGGUCAGGUCUACCUCAAACAUGACUGUCCGUUUGUGUUUGCUGAGGUAAACAGUGAUAAGAUCUACUGGCAAAGGAACAUCGAUGGGACCUUCACUCAAAUCUACAGUGAGAAAAAGGCUGUGGGCCACAAGAUCAGCACCAAGGCCGUUGGUUCUGAUGAACGCAGUGACAUCACACACCUUUACAAGCAUCCAGAGGGCACAGAGGCGGAACGCAUUGCUGUGGAAACUGCCAGUCGCUACGGCUCCAAGGCCCUGGCCUACUCCUCUCCCACAGCAGAGGACGUCUCUAUAGAAGUCACCAUGGAUGGUGAAGGCCCUAAAAUGGGGGGAGAUGCAGAGCUUAGCAUCACGUUGCGAAACAAUAGCUCAGAGCAGCGGACGAUCCUCCUGCACGGCCAGGUGGCAGUCAUGUACUACACCGGCGUCCACAAGGCCACGAUCAGGAAGGACGUUACAGAAAUAGAUGUGCUGCCCAAUGAGGUGAAUGUUUUGGAGUGGUCCCUGGAGUACAAAGACUACAAGGACCAGCUGAUAGACCAGGCCGCCCUGAUGCUGACGCUGUCUGGCCGAGUCAAAGAAACACAGCAGGUCCUGGCCACUCAGUUCAGUUUUCGGCUCAGGACUCCAAACCUCAUCAUAAAGCCGGUAGGGAAGGCUGUGGUAGGGGAGAAGAUGGCAGUGACCAUUUCAUUUACAAACCCACUGCCACAGGUGCUGAAAGCAGUGAAAUUCCACCUCGAAGGACAGGGCCUCCUAACUGCUCGGAAGGUUAUUUACGGGGAUAUUGGCAGCCAUGCCUCCGUGUCGCUCACCGAGCACUUCGUCCCCACCCUGCCCGGGCCGAGGAAAUUACUGGCUUCGUUGGACUGCAGGCAGCUCACUCAGGUUCACGGUGUGACAGUUAUCACCGUGGAGUAA